AGUGCGGAAGCGCAGUUAAAACAUGAUCACGGUUCACUCCUCUCCUAACUGAAGUUCAUUUGAAAUAAUCGUCGUUUAGUUAAAGAUGUAAACGUUUAAUAGUGUUGGUUAAAUAAACGGAAGGAUUGUGCAGCUUGUUCACCUUUAGUACGUGACCAACAACAGAAAUAUUACGUUAAUUUUGUGUAUUUAAACUUCACUGUGUCACAGGUGACUUAGCUACAUCCUGACAGGUGUUCUGUGUUGUGAUAGACAAAAUGUCCACAUGGAGAACAUCCGAUCACGUCUGAAAUUUGGGAAUAAAGUCGAAGCUGUGAAACUGAGGAAACGAAAAUCCCAACUGUACUCGCAGGAAGAUGAACGUCUUCUUAACGACGGUAGGCUGAGAACCAGAGUUGCUGUGUUUUCUGUGGCAUUCAGACUGAUCAACUGCUUCCUGGUUCAGACCAGCUUCGUCCCUGAUGAGUACUGGCAGUCUCUGGAGGUUUCCCAUCGGAUGGUCUUCAAUUAUGGGUAUCUGACCUGGGAAUGGAAGGCCGGAAUAAGAGGAUUCACCUAUCCACUCUUCUUCGCAUUCAUAUACAAGAUAUUAUACUUCGUGAACUAUGACUCAGUCGAACUCCUGAUAUGGCUUCCACGAAUAAUUCAAGCACUCUUCGCUGCGUUUGCAGAUGUCAAAUUUUUCUUCCUCAUCCGAAAGUUGGAAAGUCGUGACGUUGCACAAUGGACGUUCUUCUGCCAUAUGUGCUCGUGGUUCUCGUGGUACUGCUGCACCAGGACUCUGACCAACAGCAUGGAGACCACCAUCACUUGUCUGGCUCUAUUUUACUUCCCCCUCCCUGGAUCCAAAACACACAGCAGCAAAAUAUAUUUGACCCUGGUCGCCUUAGCUGUCAUCGUUCGACCGACCGCCCUGAUUGUCUGGUUUCCUUUGCUCAUGUACCAUUUCUGGCAGGAAGAUAACAAACUGAGGCUCAUCACUCAUAACUUUAUUCCUAUAGGAGCUUUGGCUGUUGUGAUUUCAACAGUGAUCGACUGUAUAUUUUAUGAAAAGUGGACCAUGGUGCAGUUCAACUUCCUGAAGUUUAACGUCUUCAACAGCGUGGCCGAUUUCUACGGCUCUCAUCCCUGGCACUGGUACUUCACUCAGGGGUUUGCCGUUGUGAUCGGUCCGCAUCUUCCGCUCUUUCUUCAUGGGUGCAGCCUUGCCUUCAAAAGAUACAAAAUUCUGUUAGCGGCGGUCGUUUGGACAAUCGUGGUCUACAGUUUGCUUCCUCACAAGGAGUUCAGAUUCAUCUAUCCGGUGCUGCCUUUCUGUAUGAUCUUCUGUGGGAUAUCUUUGGCUAAUUUGAAAGCGUGGCGACGAGCUGCUGCGUCCGUCCUGUUAGUGAGCAACCUGUUUGCAGCUCUGUACACCGGGCUGAUCCACCAGCGAGGCACUCUGGACGUCAUGAGCCACCUCCAGACACUAUGUGACGUCGGCAGCGCCUCCACCCCUCCGCAGCCAGACGUCCUCUUCCUCAUGCCCUGCCACUCAACGCCUUUUUACAGCCACGUCCACUGCCCGAUGAAGAUGAGGUUUCUCGAGUGUCCUCCAGAUCUCGGAGAGGAGGGUCACAUCGAUGAAGCAGACAGGUUCUACGACGACCCUCUUCACUGGCUCAGAACUUCAUUUCCAUACAAAUCUUCUCUACCGACCCAUCUGGUUUUGUUCAAUAUUUUGGAGAAGGAAAUCUCCGUGUUUUUGCAAGGGAAUCACUUUGUGAGGACAGCAGAGAUAUUUCAUACUCAUUUCCCCGAGGGAAGAGUUGGAGGAAGCAUCUUUAUUUAUGAAAGGCACUGACAAACACUGGAACAACGGCAAGUUUUAUUCCUUAAUGACAAUGUCACAUGAUAUGGAUUUGCUACUGAAAUAAAUAUUUUAAACUCAAA